AUGAUGUUCUCAUUCCACGCGGGUCGGUCGUCUCCACACGACCAGGUGUCAAGAGGUCCAAGGCCGAAACGUGCCAAGAUUCGCAUCGCCUGCAAUGUAUGCAAGGCCAGGAAGACGAAAUGCGACGGUGCUAGACCUGUCUGCGGUCCUUGCUCGAAGCGGAAACGAACGUCACAUACUUGCACAUAUCGUGAGGCUGAUGAAGGCGUCGAGCAGGCAGCAUCCACGAGCGAGCAUCCAGCUCAUGACUGCCAACAGACUGAUGAUGAUGACCAGGCGAGCCAGUACAGUGGCGUCGUCCCGACGGGGAGUCUGUUCGGUGCAUCCAGCGGCGCACAUCUCCUACACGAUGUAGGGUCCGAGACUGGUCGAACCGACACACCGGAAAGCAGAAGACAGGACAGAAGCCUAGUUCUGCCGAAAGCGCUCAAACACCUGCCGAAGCUGCAGAAACAGAGCCCGCGCAAAGAACCUCCCGAUCUCCAGUUUGCGAUCCCUCCGCGGAAGCAGGCGGACAACCUCCUCGGUCUCUACUGGGACUAUGUAGACAGCGCCUACCCCUGGCUGGACCGGCCUUCCAUUGAAAGUGCCUACGAGACUCUGUGGGUCAAAGACGGCGAAUUGGCGAUGAAUGAGACGGUUCUGCACUGCCUCCUGAACCUGAUGUUUGCUACCUCGUGUGUCGCGUCCCAGGGCGAACCCCCUCUCGUUCGCUAUCAAUCGUCUGUGGUCUUCUUUGACCGGGCUCAGGCGUUGAUGUCAUACCAGCUGAUGGACCUUUACAAUUUUGAGAUCAUCCAGAUCCUGUUGCUCACGGCCGUGUACCUGCAGCAUGAGAAAGAGCCCCAAAAAUGCUUCCGCAUCAUUGGAACGGCAAUUCAUAUUGCCCAGGAGCUGGGAUUGCACAUCCCUGAGACCACAGAGGCCAUGGAAAACUCCAAGGAGCGAGACCUUGCGCGUCAAGUGUGGAAUGGAUGUGUUAUCAUGGACCGAAUCUGUUCCAUGACCUUUGGUUGCGCCCUCAAGGUUCCUCAAUCUGUCGCACAACAGGGGCUCAAUUCUCUGGUACUCAACCUCCGGGAACCUUCGGGCCAGACUGCGAUUGCAGGUCUACCCUCGAAGGUCAACUUCUACAUAUCCUUUUGUCGACUACAUCACAUCAUCGGGGAAGUGCUAGAGACCUUCUAUAUCUUGGGAGAUGGCAAGAGCGACCGGCACCCCAAUCGCAAUGACGCCGAGCCAGGUGAGAACUCGUCACUCUUCUUCGACAAAUUCGCCAGCCUGUUCCGCAUCGACUCCGCAUUGAACAAUUGGGCUCGCAGCCUGCACCCGUUCUUCCAAAUGCCGUCGGAACUUGAAGAUCCCACGCCAACCAAACACAUCACUCGUGAAGCAAAUAUCCUUCGCGCUCGGUAUCUAUCGGUCCGACUCCUCCUCUUUCGACUCUUGCUGCUACAGAUCCACCAACAAAGAACCAACAACGCCCCAGGCAGCGGUCUGUAUGCGGAUGACGACCAGAUCAUGCCCCACGUAGUCUUCCAAUGCCAAGUCAAUUGUACCAAGGCGGCUACCGACAUGAUCGAGUUUAUCGUCCGGAACUCGCCGGAACAGAAACAGGCGUACAUCUUACCGUCGAAUUGGUACACUGUCUCAUAUGUAUAUAUGGCCGCGACAAAUCUGCUCGCGGCCCAGUCGUCGCCGCAAAUAGUGGAGUACUUCUCCGCAGCCCGCUUGCAGGGCAUCCUGCAACAAGCCCGAACAAUCCUCAAGGACUAUGAGAGACAUACGACCUUGGCUUCAAGGUGCAGUUCUGUUCUCAAAUUGAUUGAGCAGAGCAUCGGCGGGAACCAGCCAGUUGCGGACUAUGCUCCCGCGGACUUCGUGCAAGCUCCCACAGACCAUGAAAACACAUCCAUGUCUAACUUUGUCCUUGGAGCUCACGAGCCGCAAGCGACCCUUCCUGACAAUUUUCCUAUACUGGGAAACUAUUCGUUCGAUUGGAACGAUUGGCCAAUGUUCUUUGCACAACUAGACGGAGGCCCGAGCCCGGUCGGCAGCUGGACCAUUUAA